GUUGAACGUUGGGAGAGCACUCCCAAGUCCAUAGCAUUCCCGAAAAGGAAAUACAGAAUUAUCUUGGUCCUGCUGCCACUAGCAGUGCCUCCUCCAUGGCACCCUCAAAAGUACCCAAAAGCACCUCGAGGCCAAAGAAAGAAAAAUUUUUUCACCCAGACUCGCGCAAGGCCAGUCAGCUGAGCCGGGUGCAGCUGCGAAAAGCAAAACUCGCGGAAGCAGCAUCCAAGCGAACUAAGAAACAAUCUGCGCAGGCUGAUGUAUACGGAUUUUUCUACCAUGCUAUACCCCCAGAAGGCACGCUCUCCCUCGAAGAGCUACAUGCUAUCGUUCGUAAUGUGUGGUUAACACGCUACGACGAUGAGCUCGAGCAGGAGAGAGCUGCUCGCCGCAAGGGUCGACCGAAAAGUACAAAAGAGCUUAAGCUGGAGGAGAUAAACCUCCGUGAAUCAGAACAAUAUCGCACAGGGAUGGCAGAUGUACCUGAUCUUACACACGAGGUUACUGUUGAGCUCUUCCGCAAAUGGGAUCAGAAGGAAGUUGCUUACAUCCAACUCCUGCGCUUCAUCCGAAUCAACAGCGUAGAUUCUACGUCUGCAGUCGUAUCAAAAUCAGGGGAACACCAUUCCCUAAAAGAAUCAGUCCCCUCGCAAGCGAACGAUGAAGCCAUGGUCACUGAUCGUGAUGAUACACUCCUCACUGAACCACCAUCGCGGUUUGCAAGUACGAUGAUAAUGAUGGACGGUCCCCUCUCGUAGCCAAGGCGCAAGCUUAAAUACCAAUGUUGGCAGUAUCUAC